CGCAUCACAAGACUGCGCGUCGUACUUUCUCUAAAAAGCAAAUGGCGAAGCUGGAUUUUGGACGUCAAGUUGUUCUUUGCGGACGAAAAGAAGUUCAACUUUGACGCCCCGGAUGGAUACCACGCGUACUGGCGUAACCUCCAUCGUGACGAAAAAGUGUUCUCAAGCGGGUCUGCGGAUGAGGCAGCGUUAUGGUCUGGGGUACCCUAA